CAGGUUCUCCAUGAUGCAGUCUCUUCUGUAUAUUAUUCAUUAUUACUCACAUUCAUGAUGCUCUACCAGGGGAUCGGAUAGAAUGGCAAAUAUUAUGCACCUGCCUCUCAUUUGGAUUCUCUGUGUUUUUACAAGCUGCUUCAGCGAAAAUGAUUGCCCAAAGGGAGCAAAAAUUGACCGUGAUGGUUUGCGCUGUUUCUGGAUGCCCUCAUUUACGUCAACAUGGCUGGAAGCAAGAGGCAUCUGUCAGAGAGACGAGAGAGGAGGAGACCUUGCUUUGGUGGACAGUGUGACUGUUCAGAGCUUCAUACAAAAUUCAUUCCGUCUAGAAGAUCCAGUUGGGGUCUGGAUGAGGGAAGGAAUGGCAGAGGGUUUGUUUGGUGAUUUAGAUCCUGAAGACAGCGAGAAAGAAUGUGCUUCAAUGGCUCUGGCCUCUGGACAGUGGAUGAGCGAACAGUGUAAUAAGAAGAAUUUUGUUAUCUGUGAAAAAACAAUGUCAGUGUCUUUGCCGUCGCUGGAGAGUUAUGUGACUGGUGUACCACUAAUGUCUGGCAUAUACACAGUGUCGCAAAUACAACUGCUACCCUCUCCACCAGACCCAGGACCACAUUUGGUUGAGAUUAUGCUGUUCCCAGGUCUGUGGUUCAGUCACGAGGGUCGAGUGCUGUCUUUGGAAAUGGUAACGCAGCCCAGUGAUCAGAUGACCUUUGCCAGAAUGCAGAUCUUAAGACCAUACUGCAGCCCGAGUCAUCACCUUGUUCCACCUGGUUGCAGUUCUCUCCUCAACCCUUUCAGCUGCUGUUCCCUGAUGGCCAUGUGUAACACCACUGGCGGCUGUGCUAGUGGGCAAUACUGGUGCCAUCUGCUGGAGAUCUGUCUGCCCGUCACCAGUCCGUGCAGCCCUUACAACUCUUUUAACGCUGGACAUGCUUUCGCUUUGCCUCCCCGCUAUCCUGUGACGCCACCGUUCUUCCACUUGAUGGCAGACAUGUCACUGACGCUGCCACCAAGCAGUGAACACACACAUGUCAGAGCUAUAGUACAAGACAAACACAUCACUGUCUAUCCUGAUGAUAUCCUGGCUCUGCAACACACUAGAAGAGCAGAUGAAUUUCUCCAUUGUGUUGCCAGUACCAGCUCAGCCUGGCGCCAGAGUUACCUCUCCUUGCCUGGGCCAGAAUGGGGUGGCUGGUUUGAGGGUAGUUUCUCUGUCCAACCAGGAAAAGGACAAUGGCUAGACGAAGUGAUCUGUGAUUUCCGGGUCAUUUAUGAGGACCCAGUGCCACACUAUGGAGUUUCACAAACACCCAACAGUCCAAUCAAAGCAGAAACUCUUGUGAUGGGGUUACAAGUUUUACAUCCAAAGCUUGACAAGGACAAUCAAAUGCAUGUUCCUGUCAAUGUUUCAACCCUCAUUGUCAUCCGGAUCAUUUCAGGAGAGCAUGUAACCAGCUCCUGGUCGGAACCAGUGUCAAAAAGUGGUGUACCUUUUGUGUCUUCCUGCCCGGUCGAGAUGCCCGAGACUGAAGAAGGUGGAUUGUUUUCACAUGUGUACAUGGAGCUUUCUGUCCAAGAGGAAUAUGUAUUAAAUAUUAAGGCUUCAAACAGCUUGAGCGCUCAGACUCUGAGUGUGAGGGUUGUGUCUCAUAUUCCUGUCUCUGGACUGAAAAUCAUGCCGGAGGGCUUCAGAAGAGUUUUAGUGGACGAACAACAGGUGUUUACAGCUUCAGUAGCCACUGGGUCAUCAGUGACGUACACUUGGGUUAUUGAUGACCUGGUUCAGUAUGCACACACAGGAGAGUCUUAUAGUGUGGUUUUUAAGAACCCCGCAGAAUACACACUAAAGGUAAUGGCGCAUAACCCAGUGAGCUCUCAGUUAAUGGAGGUGAAGCUCACAGCCGAUGUAAUGACCCCAUUAGACGACCUAAUAGUCAUUUCCAUGCCAGAGGCCAUUGCUGUAAACACCUCAACUCGCUACACAAUUCAAGUCAAAGCUGACAUCUCUAUAGGCGUUACAAUCAGAUGGGAUUUUGGUGAUAAUACAGCAUCUGUCAGUCAUGCUGUUUCACCUUCUUCAGAGAUUGAAGAGCCUCAGCAGAGGGCCAAACACAUAUAUCUGCAAGACUCUAUGCAGCAUACAUUUUCUUUUCCAGGUGACUAUACACUGAAAAUAAAGGCGUACAACAAAUAUGAUCAAAUUGAAAAGGCUGUAACAGUUAAAGUAAGAACUCCAAUCUCAAACCUGCUGGUGUCUUCAUCACCUACAGUCUGUCAAGUCAACUACACUGUCCUCUUUGAGGUCUCUCUCUGGCCGUCUUCAUUUGGAGCACUUUAUUCAUGGAAUUUUGGUGAUGACUCUGAAAAACGGAAGGAAGUUGACAGCAAAGUCAAUCAUGUUUUUAAAAAGGCCGGCACAUACAAUGUCACCAUCAUGGCCAACAACACCCUAUCCACCCUGACUAAAUAUACAGCAGUGGAGGUUAUUGAGCCUGUUUCAGGUCUCCAGUUAAACUACACCAUCUCCACUGAACUCAACUCAACCUUUAAAAUCAGUGGCAGAGUCUCUUCAGGUACACAUGUAAAAUGGACCUUUGCGUUUGGAGAUGGUUCUACUGUAAUAAAUCACACUGGAAGUUCAGCCUCUCACAUGUACCAGUCUCCCGGAAAUUACACAGUUCAGGUUUCUGCUUAUAAUUCAGUAAGUCAGGAACACCAGUUAGUCAAUAUUGAAGUUUAUUGCUUAUUAAUUACUCAAAUAACACCCACAGACUGCGUUUUGAGUCAAACAGAGAUUGAUUUUGAGGUGCUGGUCAAAGGCUUUAUUCCAAUUUUGAUUUUUGAUUGGGAUUUUGGAGAUGGCACAUCGUUGUCUGUUGUUAAAGGAGCUACAUCUAUUACUCACACUUUUAAAACAGCAGGAACGUACACAGUUGGUGUAAAUGCACACAGCUUGGUGGCUUCAGUCCAUUAUGAAAGCAACAUAUGUGUUGAGGCCCAAAUAACAGAUGUUUCACUGAGUUCAGCCAAUAGCGCAGUAGCAGUGAGCGAGGUAAUAUGCUUUGAUGUUUCUGUGCUUCCCACAGUAACAGAAUAUCAGUUUUGGUGGCAUAAUAACUUUUCUAGUGACACAAGCCCAGUUAAAGGUCUGUCACACCAUUGCUUUAUGUUUCAAGAGGAGGGUUUGUGUGAAAUUUCAGUGCUGGUACAUAACAAGGUGAGCAACGGAACAGCAAAAACAAUCAUUUUAGUUCAAAGGGCUGUAUCUAAUCUGUGCAUAAAAUAUGAAGGGAACCAUGAUGCAAUGACUGUGAAUCAGUCCUACCAUUUCUGGGCUGAGCCUCUUGGUAAAAUGGCAUCAUUUCAGUGGGACUUUGGUGAUGGCUCUAAAACAGAGGGGCAAAAUCAAUUACACAUUUUUGGUUUUCCUGGACAGUUUCAUGUGACAGUCACUGCAUCUAAUGCAGUAAGUUCAGAUUCAGUGACCGUCGAGAUUGAGGUGCAGGCACCUCUGUCAUACGUAAUGGUUAAUACCAGUCAGCCAUUCGUGGAGGCAGGAAAAGAGAUACUGAUAACAGCUCAGACUGACAUAAAAGAAAAUAUUUCAUUUUACUGGGCUGUGAAUCCUUCGACGCCUCCAAAGCUUGGGACGUCCACAUUCAUGCAUGUGUUUCCUAACGCAGGGAUAUUUGAGAUUCAAGUUGCAGCACAAAAUCUUGUCAGUCGAGUAGAAGCUAUAACACACAUUGAGGUUGUAGAAAGAAUAUAUGGAGUUUGGAUUCAAGGCCAGGGGCUGCGGUCUAAAAAAUAUUUCCUGACAAAUCAAACAAUACUGUUGGAAGCAUCAGUGACAUGCGGUUCUAACUUGACAUAUAAGUGGACUGCAAACAAUAGUAUGGCAAGCAAUACCAAACAAUUUCCACUUUUCACAAACAAUUCUGGUGAUAUACAUGUCAAGCUGGUUGUAUCCAAUGCACUCGGAUCAGUAGGUAGUGAACUUUCACUCAGAUCAGUAGAGCUUGUAUCUGGCCUGAGUAUUGUAUCGCCAGUUAAGGCUGUAACGAAAGGAAAACCAGUGAAAAUAUCUGCAAGAUUAGCAUCUGGAACAGACCUUAAGUACUCAUGGUUCUUGGACUGUGAGCAUUGUCCUGUUAUAUCAGAUGUGCCUUUUAUUCUACAUGCUUUUAAAGUCUCCGGAGUGGUCAAGAUCAGAGUAUCAGCCUCAAAUGUGUUUGGGUCUGAAGAGGCUACAAAGCUGCUAACCAUUCAGGAAGACAUCUCUAAAGUGGACUUUCAGAUAAAUGGCCAAUCCAGACCAUUUUUUGUAACAUCAAACCACCUCCUGUUGCUCUAUGGCUCUGCGGGACCAGGAAAUGUCCUGCAUUGGGAAUGGGUAUUAAGAUUGCAGAAUAGUACAGUUGUGGUCCUUGCCGACAAUCAGACUGUUAGCUAUUCUUUUGUGGAUGCUGCAGAUCACUAUCUGUCACUCAAUGCUUCAAAUGACAUUAGCUGGCAAACUGUUUCACAUACUAUCACAGUUCAGGAUGCCAUCCAGGGACUUUCCCUUACAUCUAGCAGCAGUGUGGUGUGUGAGGAUGAUCCGGUUACUUUCGUAACAUCUGUGUCCGAGGGAAGUGAAGUUUCAGUUUCUUUGGAGUUUGUUAAUGCAAGUUAUUCUGUGGACAUUUGGCGGGAUUUUACCACCUCCUCUCUUGCAGUUGGAAACCAUCUGGUAAGAGCAACAGCGAAAAAUAAUGUCAGUUGCCAAACUGCAACAGCGACUGUGAGAGUCGUGGAAAGAAUUCGAGAUCUGCGCUUGAUUGGAUGCUGCGCUGCUGUCUUAGAAGCAUCCAAAAACAUCAGCUUCCAAGCAUCGGCUGUCUCACAAGCCAAUUACCACUGGACCUUCCUAUUAAAUGGAGUCCAGUCCUCUCGGGAAAUUGGGCAGCAUGUUCACUUCACACCUUUUGCUAAUGGAUCCCUGUCUGUUACAGUGGAAGCUGAUAAUGGAUUCUGCUCACAGUCCCUGACCAGUACAGCAACAAUUCAGAAACAUGUGAAGAAAGUGACUCUUUUGACCUCCCAUGAUGGAGCUUUUAUUGACUAUCCGGUCACUUUUGUUGCCAUCACAGAUGGAGGCAGCGACCUUAAAUUCAUUUGGGAUUUCGGUGAUGCCAGCGAAGGAUUUCUGGUUACAGAAUACAAUAAACAAGUCCACAAAUACAACGUUGCUGGUGAGUUUGUGGUGAAAGUAACAGCUUUCAAUAACAUAAGCGAGGUCUCUGUUCAAAUGGCGAUAGAAGUACAAAAUCUGGUGUGUACCCAGCCACAUAUCUAUGCUGUAAAAGAAGAAUAUAAAGUAUUAAAAUCCAGACCAAGUUUCUUUGAAGCAAGAGUGGACUUCAGCGGUUGUGUUACAUAUAAAGCAUCUUAUAUCUGGGAGAUCUUCAGAGGUCCAGAUUGCUCAGGAAUGAACAAGGUGCAUUUAAAUCAUUCAGUGGAUGUUACGAAACCUAUUCUCUCUCUGCCGAAGCACGCUCUGAAAGUGGGAAACUAUUGUCUGACAUUUACUGCCAGGCUUGAGGGAACUCCUCUACAGCAGACCAAGACCAUAAAGCUGAACGUGGUCCACAGUCAGCUGAUACCAGUGAUUAAAGGUGGUUCUCUGAGGCUUUGGUCAAGUCAGUGUGAUCUGAUACUCAAUGCAUCCGAGUCUUUUGAUCCAGAUUCAGAGAGGAACGAUAUUGACUUGUUUAAGUUCCAGUGGAGUUACACAAUAGAGAACACAACAGCACUUUCUUUAGCCUUUUCCACCCUUCAUCGCCAUAUUUCAGUAAAUAGCAGUAUGCUGAUUCUUCCCAGAAGUGUUCUGCUGCCAGACAGAGUGUAUCGCUUUACUCUAACCCUUUUCAAAAGUGGACGACAACCUGCCUCUAUAUCUCAGUCGGUUAGAGUGUACAAUACCACAUUGCUAACCGUGACUGUGAAGUGUGUUUCCUGUAAUAAUCAAUUGUUUCACAUGAAUCACAACCACCAUGUUUCCUUGGCUGGCUAUUGUUCUUCAUGUCAAGACACCGUACAGUACAGAUGGACUGCAGAGAAUCAGAGAGGUGAAGCUCUUACACUGAAUGCGGUCACUACCUUGACAGGAAGCCUCUGGAGAGAAAUAGUCAUUAAACCAGGGGUGCUAAUGGAGGGCCAAGAAUACACCUUUACUCUCAAUGUGUCUGAACCUGCCUCUGGGCUUUGGGGGUCGGCAAGCAUCACCUUAGUCUCCAACCAUCCUCCCUACGGGGGUUUUUGCACUCUGUCACCCGGCGACUCGCUUUAUUUCCUGGAAACCAAGGUUUCUUACAGUUGCUCUGGGUGGAUGGAUGAUGACGGUGACUCAGCUCAGCUCAUAUUUUCACUGCAGGUGGCACAGUGUGAAGAUUUCGGACCAUUAUGUCCUUUGAUUACCCUUUACAGAGGCACUCAGAGCACAUUGAGCUCCCUGGUGCCACUGGGUUUUAAGAACACAGUGGAAAAUGCAUCUGUUAUUCAUGUGCUGGUUCAUAUAGAGGAUAGUAUGGGGGCUACGAUUGUCGCAGUGAAAAAGAAACUGACAGUGCUGCCUUGUGACCAGUGCACAGUGACGUGGUUGAGGACGAAGAGUCAAUCAGAGUUUUGGGCCUUGAUCCAACAAGGCAACCCUCAGGACAUUAUGCAAUAUUCUUUUGCCCUGACCAGUCAACUCAACCAGCUAACAUCCAUAAGUGCUCAGGAAUUGGAGGACAAGAUUCAUCUACGUACAAGCGUGAUCCAAGUCCUGGCCUCUCUUCCAGUCUCCUCACUCCAGGACGUGGCUCUUAUCAGCUCAGCUUUGGCCCAGUCUACAGUGGUUCCUUCUGAAGUGCAGUGCAGCGGGUGCUAUGCAGAGGUCCUGCAGGUCACGGAAAAGAUGAUCAAAGUUAUAAGAGAACAAACAGAAGAGGGCAACAUCAACCCCACAGACAGCGGCAGGAACAUACUGACUGUUUUAAGUAACACAAUGGCUGCAGAUCUGAGGCAAAGGAGCAGUGCGGACACAUCAGAGAGAGCUGUAUCAGCACUGGGACAGGUUUUUGAACUCAUGCGUUCAUUAAUGUUGUCGCGGAUGAGAGGGGAAACAGUUCUUUCUCUUGCCAUCCCAAAAAUUAGUGCAGUGGGCAUUCAGGGUGACCCUACUAAAGACCUCCUGUACACAGAUGCCCUUGCUCCCUCUCAGUUUCACAUUCCAUCAGCACUAAGCUCUCAACUGAAGGAAGAAAAACAAGAGGUCCUGCAGAUCCUGCUGCAGAUGGAAAAUGAAGACAAUCCAUUCAUUCCAGGUGCCGAACCUCCUAUAUCCACCACUCUGGCAGCCAUGGAGUUUGCUACACCACAAGGGAACCCUAUUUCCAUGGCCAACCUGACACUAGAUUCUGCCAUACAAGUCACAUUACAAGCACAGGAGAUUGAAGAUGAACGCUUACUGUGGAAGAAUAUUACUCUGAAGCAUAAUGGAAGUGUAAAUUUCACAGUUAAAGCAAUGGAUACAGAACCUCAGACUGGACUCUACCUUGCACUAAACUUCAGUCUUAUUCCAGGAUCUGCUGAGAAAGCCUCUGGACUAGUAUGGAUCUCUAUUAAUGACCAACCUGUAGAUUUACAGUCUAAAGGCAUUCAUCGUCAAGAACUCACAAUCUUUCUCUCAGCUCAGACUCCAUUGCUGCAGCACAUCAUCUUCCUCACACCACUCUUGAAUGGCUCUGCGAAAGAGCUGUUUGUGAAGGUGAACAGCAGCAUCGGCAGUGUGGAUGUGACGGUGUCGGUGUGUGUGUUCAGUGUGUUGUGCCGAUUCUUCAAUGUUAAAGAGCUCCGCUGGAGCAGUGAGGGUCUGAGUCCUUUGAGCACCAGCAGUCCUCACUCUGCCCACUGCCUCACACAGCACCUCACCAUGUUUGGAGCCAGUCUCUUCAUCCAUCCUGAGGCUCUGCUGCUUCUGCCACCGUCAGCAGAGCCAGCGAGAAACGUGGUGGUGGGCAUCGUUUGUGGAGUCCUGCUGUUGAUUCACCUUCUGGUUGGUCUUAUGGCUCACAAACUGGACCACCUGGAAAAUUUGCGUCUGUGUUCGGUUCCUCUGUGUGGGCAGAAAGGUCGCUAUCAGUAUCGGGUUCUUGUCAAAACAGGCUGGAAGAGAGGCUCUGGUACCACUGCACAUGUUGGCAUUAGCCUGUAUGGUCUGAAUAAAAGUGGCUCGCGGCACCUUCGAAGACAUGGAGCUUUCCAGAGGAACAGCUUGGAUGACUUCCAAGUUGAAACAGAUGCCAAUCUCGGAGAGAUCUGGAAAAUACGCAUCUGGCACGACAACACAGGUCUAGACCCAUCUUGGUAUCUACAACAUGUGAUAGUUUGGGACAUCCAGACAGAAAACAUGUUUUUCUUCUUGGUGGAAGACUGGCUGUCCGUGGAGAAUGAGAAAAACUCUGGAAGGGUGGAGAAAGUUAUAUUAGCAUCUUGCCCUCAGGAGCUGCGUCAGUUUACGAGAAUCCUACAUUCUCAGUUGCUGUUUGGAUUUCAAGAGCACCAUCUGUGGAUUUCAUUAUGGGAACGGCCGACCCACAGCCGCUUUAGCCGAGCCCAGAGGGUCACCUGCUGCGCCCUCUUAUUACAUCUCUAUCUGGCAGCUGGGGCAGUAUGGUAUGGAGCAGUGGGCAGAAAGGGCAGCAGCGGUCCAGUUUCUACCCAGAUGGUGAUGAAUGCAGAGACUGUUCUGGUUGGGAUGACGGUUGCAGCUUUGACAUUCCCGCUUCAUACCAUUCUCAAAUUUCUCUUUCAAAGAACCAAGAGCAAGGUGACACUGGAGGUAUCUCUGCCUCCUUCUCCUGUGUCCCAUACCGUGGAGAUGGAUGUUUUUCUCAGUCACCCAGAUCUCACCUGCUCGUCUUUUUUGUCCCUGCCAACAUACCCAGAAUCUUCUAUUUAUGAUGGACCAUCUCCUUUCACUAAUUCACUGCAGAGCAAGAAACUAGAUUCAGAGUUUUGGAAUUCCCCAGAUCCUGGGAAUGGCCGUGUGGAUCAAUGGCCAUCAUGCGAUAGUAUCUUUGGGCUGCCUGAGCUGACAGGAACCACACACCUUCUGAAGAGAAAAAAAGCCCUUCUACAAUUGCAUUUGUCAACUCCAACAUCCGAUCAUGACAACGGAGAACCAGCCAAGUCUUCAGCUUCAGAGGAAGAUCUGAGGACUAUCUCACCAGACCUGGAUUUGACAAACACGCUUUCCUCAGAUCUAGAAGCAUCCGACAGUGGCCAUUUUACACCUAAUGACACCAUCCCAACUGACACCCAGGAUAGCUUGUGUAGCGAGUGGUCUGAUCUGAGUGUGGAUACACCUACAUAUGAACCAGGAUUUCACAGGUCCUCCUCCUCAUUUUCAGUGCUCAGUGAGGCCAGCACAUUUCUCCCUAGUCUCCCACCCGACUCCAUAAGCACUGUCUCUAACACACGCAUUGGUGUAGUUCGUGGUGUACCAGGCUUUCAUCUUCCGUCAUGGGUUCUGCGUGUGGUUCACCUGCUGGUGGCUGGUCUGCUGGGAACGUGUCUGGCUCUGGUGGGGCUGUACGGGAGCAGGUUUUCCAGCUCUGUGGUUUUAAUGUGGCUGGUGUCCACACUGUCGGCCUUCCUCACUUCUGCCCUGCUGCUGGAACCACUAACAAUAUGCAUUCAAGCACUAUAUCUGGCUACUGUGGUGCGACCGGUGGAUCCCGAGGUGGAGGAGCGUUUGGCUCAGGAUACUGAGGUCAGAAGGAUUGAGGAGGACUUCAGGGAUAAAGUGCACCCUCUCUGUGGAUAUGGCCUGCUGCAGGCUAAAGAGGAAGCACGAAAACUGAGAACACUUAGAGCCUUAAUGAGGAGCUGUUUAGUGUAUAUGCUCUUCCUGCUGGUGGUUUUGAUGGUGAACUAUCAGGAACAUGUGCAGUUGGCUGACAGUAGACGGCUUCACUUCGCCAUUAAACACACACUGAUCUCAGCUUCAGCAGGGAAACCUGACCUCAUGAAUUUAUCAGGAUGGAUGAAUGCAGAACAGUGGAUAAAUGAGAAAUUAACAUCACACUUAUAUGAAAACCCUUCUCUUCUAUUAACUGGCCCUGCAAGACUACAGAAAGUUUAUUUUCAAGACUUCUGCAGUCAAGACAUCAGAGACCAGUUCCAGUCUGGCCGACUUUCUUUGAUGCUGACUGCUCAUGUUUCAUCACAUGCCAACCCUGGACAGCAGACCUCCACAGCCCACAGCGAAAACACUCCAGCGCUGUCAACGUGGCAAAAGAGAGCAUUAUGUGCAUUCAGUCAGACAGAGGAACUAGUGCUUGGGAACAACAGUGAAUCCACACGACAGAUCCUGUCAGACCUGCAAACAGAGAAGUGGAUGACAACAGGUACAAAGGCUGUAUUGAUCGAGUUCACUCAGUAUCAUAAACAGACAGGCAUCUUGGCACCGGUCUCUAUUCUCCUGGAUCAAACACAGACAGGCAGAAUCCUUGCUUUCAUCUCCAUCCAGCCUUUUCACAUCUCUCCACUAUCUGGUCCAGACUUGCAUGUUACUCUGACGGUUGUGCUUCUGCUGUUCGCCCUGUGCUUUCUGAGUACUGAAGUGCGAGCCUUGAUCAGGAAGCCAAGUCAAUACCUGAGGCAGGCCUGGAGCUGGUUUCAGACAUUGUUGGCACUUCUGGCUUUGGCAGCUGCUGUUCUACGUCUGUAUUUCCUCUACACGACUACAGCCUGCAUCUCCAGACAUCGCUCACUGCCCUCCUCAUUUGCCGACUUCCAUAGCACUGCCACACUGGCCAGAAAGUCCAAUCAGCUCUCAGCAAUAUUAUUAACCCUCUUGGCUCUAAAGAUGGUGGGGAUUCUGCGGUUUGUUAGGCGAUGGUUGGUGAUGGGACGGGUUAUUCGGCAGGUAUUUCCUCAGAUCUGUGGUGUGGUGUUCCUGCUGUUCCUCCUGUUGCUCUUGUUCUCUCACAUAGGCAUGAUGCUCUUCUCAGGAUCAGUGGAGGGCUUUAGGACACUGGGACAGGCGAGCUCCUCUCUGCUGUGUUUGUUAAGGGGUCGCAAAGGGUUGCAACGACUGUGUGAGCAUCAUCCGGUGGUGGGACCUUUAUACUGCUUGUCUGCUGUGGGUAUUGGAUUCUGGGUACUGGGGCGCCUAUGUGCUGCCAUAUUGAUUCGAACGUACCAAAUGGUACAAGCAGACAUUUACCGACCCUCCAUGGAGCCACAGGACUAUGAGAUGGUACAGUUUCUGAUUAAACGGCUCAAGCUGUGGAUGGGGCUCAGCAAGACCAAAGAGUUCAGACACAGAGUGAAGUUUGAGGGAAUGCGUCCUCCACCCUCAAGAUCGUCUCAGGCCUCUGCAAGCUCCAACUGCUGGACUUCACUCAGCCCCAUCGGGUCCCGUCAGACACCAUUAUCAUCUGCCUCCUCUCUGGCCUCCGACACAUCUGUCAUUGCAGACAGCUGUGAUGUCCACCCUUACGUGGAGCGUCUGGUGCCCAGUGUUGACAGCCUUCUGGCGGGUUUCGAGCGUGUCAACCAGGUGACAGAAGAAGUAUAUAACUUUGAGCUUCAACUUCAGCAGAUGCAGAGCAGGAUCUCCCAAAGAAGGAAGCUGUCUUCGGUGACCUUUAAGGUAUGUGAUCCAACACCAAAACCUCCAUUGCUCCCUCGACACCCAUCAUCCUCAGUUUGGGAAAGUAAGCCCACUACAGCUUGUCUCCUGAAUACUCUUCCGUAUCGGCGAGCUGCUCACUCAGAGUCCUCGUUGAUGGGGCCUGCUGUUCAGCUGGGGAGGAGAAUACUAUCCGCACUGGAUGGAGGAAGAAUGAACAGUCCAAACCCUAGAAAAAGGGCCAUCCCUAGACAGAGAGCCUGGAAUUCAGUCACCUGCCAUUCUGCUGACACAGCUCAGAGGAUAGCUGGAUCUCACAACACUGACGGCUUGCUAGUGAGACCCCAGAGCCAAGACGGAGACCGACAAAGUGGAUGUGAAGGAAUGCCGAUUAAGAGACGAGCAUGGCAGACUGAAAAAGAGCUUUAAGCAUCAAGGCAUUAUUAUUCAUUACAAACGUAAUCACAUUAUCAUUUGGGAUUACAUUUUAUGUUGCUAGAUACUUUUAAAGAUUGUGUUGACUGUAAGGAUUUGUUCACACUUAGUAGGUUUGGUUUGAUUAAAAGAACUUUGAUCAAAUGAAUGAAGCCUUUUGAACUUUCCAACACAGGCUCAUUGAUUUAAACCAGUGGUGUAGUUGAGGCUAUAUGCACGUAUAGUCCGUAUGCCUACUUUUUUCCACAAGCUGUUUGGGUAUUACGACUUCUGAGGAGCAAUAAUUGCGUAUAUACCCUCAGUAUACUCACUUGUUUUGCUGAUUAAAAUAACUGUAUAGCAA